CGUGCAGUAGAUGAAGAGACGGGCCCUUGCCCUGAGGGCCUGAUGAUCUAGACAUGACCUAACCCAGCGUGUGAGGGUGAUACAGGCAGGGGAGAGAAGCGGAGGGGAGGGCCCGGAGAGUCAGGUCUGCGUCCUGCGCACAUUGCUGUAGUAUCUCAGUGCCCAGGCCUGCGAUGAGCUGACGUUAUUGUUACGGACCCACAGGGUCGGUGCUAUGGCCCCAGCUUUGGACCGGUCUCUAGGAGGAACCGUUCAGUGAGCCAGACCCCCUGGAGGUCUCACUCUUCUUGGCAAGCCAUGCGGCUUCACUGCCUCCUGAGACUGGACCUCUGGGCCUGAGGCAAGCACAGGAUUCAUAAAAAUGUUACAAAAUAUUCCUACUCUGUCACACCUCUGAGCGGCUUGUCAGCUCUGUCUGUAUGGGGGUGAGAGGACAGCCGCAAAAGAGGGAGAGGUCGUAGGUAAAAGAGACGUACACGAGAUGUUUCCAUCCAGUGUCCUCUGCAUAUUCCCACUCAUGGGAUGCUCCGACCUAUGCAGCCUGAAUGGUAAAAUUCUACUAGCAGUAGCCAUUGGAGUGUCUAAGCGCCUCUCUUUCCUCCCCCGUGAAUGCCACACCUUCUAGGGCAAGGGUUUAAAGGGAGCAUGGCGCUCAACUGCCUCAGUUCCUUCAGCUGUGGCCAGCUGGACAGUUACGAUGGUCCUGUAUGAUCCUUUCGGAUCCCUAGUAGACAGACAGUUUGUGUGGGUUGUUAACAUAAGUACGCAGAGUCAUAUCGUUUAUUUAGAGCUAGUUAGUUAAAGGGUAACUUGCCAGAUCAGAAGGCUGAGAAGCCUGGAUUCAAAAGACGUGUCUCGUGCCCGGUGGUAUUCCCAGCGUGAGAUGCACAUGCCUGAUGCUUGGCAUGGUUGGGGUUGGCAUUCUCCCUCUAAAUGUCUGACAUGCUCAGCAUUGGCCACGAGAGCGAAGAAAGUGAGAGAAACAGGUUCCAGGUAAUUUUAUUGCAGGAACCUGUGACAGUGGCAGCCGAUUCUCAGAAACCAACUCCAUCUGUGCCUCCAGCGGGGAAGAAGUGUAAUUCAGCUGCUAUGUCAGGUUCAGGAUCUGAAAGAGGAGAAAAGGUCUGGAUCAGCAAUGGACACAGUCCCUUUUCAGAGAGACUUGGUUGCGGUUCUGUGGAAAAAUUUGCAGCCUUCUUUGGUGUCAGCCUCACUACAAAGAGCCAGUCCGAGAGAGAAAACAGGGACAGAAUCUCGUGGUGGAGCCUGGCUCUGGUUCAGGCUGUCAGCACCGAGUUAGGAGCCAUUCUUCUGUGGAUCUCUCAAUAUCGGAUCCAAUGAAGAGACCUCUGGUGAGGGUUGCCAACUAGCACGGCACUGCAUAGCGUUACUGUUAAAGCGCCAGUUAGCGCCGUCUGUGGCUCCAUCUCAGGACACAUCAGGUGUGUUGUUAGAACCAGCCAGGCUGACUGCUUCUCCGAGAGACAGCAAAGAACAGGAUCCAGCCCUUCUGUCCCUUCUCUUUCCUGCAUGGGGAAUGGACCUUUAGCUGGGGUAGAAGAAAGCUGUCACUCAAAGUACAGAAUGUACUGUUUUGUGCUAGAAAAAGUGCUACAGUCUUGAAUGGAAAAAGGUUUUAUUGAGGAUUUUCACGUACACUGGAUCCUUCACAACCCCAAUUAAUUAUAUAUUAGAGCAGCAUUUGUAUCUUAGGGAGACACCUCUUUUAUUAUCUUCAUUUAAGGUUCAUCUCUCAGCCGUGUCAGCUUAUCGUACCUGUACAGGAAAAAUCAAUUUUUACUAAUGAUACAAUUAAGAAGUUUUUAAAGGGCCUUAAUAAUUUGUAUCCUCCAAUAAGAACUCCUUUGCCCUUCUGGGAUCUGAAUGUAGUACUGGCAGAAAUGGGAGGAGAGUGGUCUUCAUGGGGGAUGACACCUGGGAUGGACUCUUUCCCCAGAAGUUCUUCCGCUCGUAUUUCUUCCCGUCGUUUAACGUGAAGGAUCUUCACACGGUGGACGAUGGGAUCCUGCAGCACCUCUACACGACUGUGGAUGGUGGUGAGUGGGACCUCCUGAUCGCUCAUUUCCUGGGUGUGGAUCAUUGUGGGCACAAGCAUGGACCAGACCAUCCAGAAAUGGCCAAGAAACUCACCCAGAUGAACGAGAUGCUCAGGUCGCUGGUGGAUCACCUGGCGAACGACACCCUGCUGCUGGUGGCAGGCGACCAUGGAAUGACGGAGACUGGGGACCACGGAGGAGACAGCGAGAAGGAGGUGAACGCAGCACUCUUCGUGUACAGUAAAACGCCUCUCUUUGGAGCCCACCUUCCCAAGGAGCCGGAAACCAUCCCGCAGGUGAACCUGGUGCCCACGCUGGCCCUGCUGCUGGGCGUGCCCAUUCCCUACAGUAACAUCGGGGAGGUGAUGGCUGAGCUGUUCUCGGGGGACGGUGGCGCUGGUUUGGCAGCAUUCAGUCAGCUCUUGGCGUAUCGCAUCAAUGCCGGACAGGUGGACCGUUUCCUGCACUCCUACUCGCUGGCUGCCCAGGACCUGCCGGCUGAGCGGCUCCGGUACCUGCGGGAGCUUUUCUCUGCCGCGCUGGAGGAGCACGACCGGCUGCUGGUCCAAGUGCGGGAGGGGCUGCCUGCAUCGCCCAAGCAGGAGGCCAGGCUGGGGCAACUGGUUGGCCGCUUCCAGCAUUACCUGCGGGAGGCCCGGGCCAUGUGCAUGGAGUCCUGGGCCCGCUUCCACCCCCUGCGCAUGGUGGCUGGCUGUGCGCUCAUCGCCGCCUCCUGCCUGCUCUGCUGUGUCGCCUCGGAGCUGGCGGCGGCCCUGGACUUCUCCUACCGAAGCCGCCUCCUGUACCCGCUUCUCUGGGGCCUGGCGGUGGCGGCUGUGCUGGGGCUGGCCCACCUGCUCACCAGGGAGGGGCUGGACCUCAUUCUGGUGGUGUCGUGGUCGGCUGCCGCCUCUCAGCUGGCCUUCUUCUGGCACUCGUGGGGCCGCCGGCCCCGUCGAGCCCAUUUGGCUGGUGUCCAGCCGCCGGUGGCCAAUACGGGCCUGUGGCAGAGAUUGCGAGCGUGGCAGGGGUUGGUCCUCCCCAUGGGCAUCCUCUUCAUCCGGUGCUGUGCCAUGUUCUCGGACAGCUUCGUGGUGGCCGAGGCCCGGGUGGCUCCGUUCCUGCUCGCGUCCCUGGCCAUCCUGCUGGUGGGCAAGGUGCACUGGCACGGCCGGCUGACCACUCUGGAAGCUCCCAAGCAAUCCCCGGGCACUGCCUUUUACCAGAAGGAGAGCUGGCGGCUUCUGUGCCUCCUGGCUGUGCUCCUGACCUGCCUGCGCCUCUCAGGCCUUUUCCACCAGUGCCGCGAGGAGAUCCCGCACUGCCAGCCCUCUCCCUUCCUGGCCCCCCUCUCCAGCCUGCAGAGCACUCAGGCCAAGAACCUCUUCUACCUCCUGUGUGUGGUCUCGCUGGCCGGGCUAGUCUACGCUGUGCGGUGCUGGCUGCGGCACUAUGGGAACCUGAACAGCGCCAGCCCCCUGGUGCUCUUUGUGCGCUGGGCCUUCCCGCUGCUGGCCGUCUGGAUCGCUUGCUACUGGGCCGUCACUUCGGGGGCGGAGGACACACUGGGCAAGCUGCAGGAGCUGGUGCAGGUGGCGCUGGUGGGCUUUCCACAGGCCAUCUACGGCCUGGCAUCCCUGGGGCUCCUGCUGGUGCUGUGGACACCCGUGACAGUGUUCGUGAAGGACAGCCGGGAGUCAGUGGGGCCCAUUGUAACCCCUUAUCAGGGGGCCCCCAGCUCCCAGGCCGACCUCCAGCACGUCAUCCCACAGAUCUACAGGAGGAUGCAGGAGUCUCUGAAGACCCAGCUAGACAGGGGUCACCGGCGGGCCACGCUGGCAGCCUAUGGGCUGGGGAGCGUGUACUCAGCCGCCUUGGUCAUAGUUCUCACCCUGCUGGGCCUCCUCCUGUUGACCCUGCACAGCGAGAGGAUGAGCCUCGCCUUCCUGCUCCUCUUCCUGGAGGGCUUUGCGCUGCUGCGCAUCCACGCCUGGGUCGUGAGCCUCACCGGGGAUGCCGAGCCUUUCGUGGUCCCCUGGUACGCGGUCACCGCCUGGGUCUUUGCUGCCACCCAGUUCUUCUAUUCCACGGGCCACCAGCCCAUCUUCCCAGCCAUCCACUGGCAUGCAGCCUUCGUGGGCUUCCAGGAGAGCCACAGCACCCACCUGCUACCCGCUGUCCUGGUGGGGGCCAACACAUUCGCCUCCCACAUCCUCUUUGCAGUUGGCUGCCCCCUGCUCCUGCUCUGGCCCUUCGUCUGUGAGGUGCCCAACUCCCAGAGGAGGAAGCUGAAGAAGGAACUGCGGGAGGAGGUUCAGGAGGAGGAGGAGGAGCCCAUGAUGGAGAUGAGGCUGCGGGAGUCUCCGGAGAGGUUCUCAGCGGCUCUGCUGCAGCUGGGGCUCAAAUACCUCUUUGUGCUUGGCGUGCAGCUCCUGGCCUGCGUCUGGGCAGCCAUGAUCCUCAGGAGGCAUCUCAUGGUCUGGAAGGUGUUUGCCCCAAAGUUCCUCUUUGAGGCUCUGGGCUUCAUGGUGAGCAGCAUCUGCCUCCUGCUGGGGAUUUUCCUGGUGAUGCGUGUGGACUGUGCGGUCAGCGCCUGGUUUGAGCAGCUCCAGCCCAGGUAGCAUCUGAGCAACCGAGAUGCAGGGAACCCGACGUGGAGCAUCAUCCCCUGAGGAGACGGCUGGGUCCCUGCUUCGCAGGCCAGGCAGGACCUGGGAGCCGCCACCAUGGACAGUGGCUGGGGAUUAUCCCUGUCUCCCUGCUGGGUGCGACAGGACGGGGCCGGCUGGUCUCUGGCCUCACUCACUGUGUCAUUGAACUCUGAGCUCAACUUCACUGCCUCCCGCCAGGUGGGUUUGGAGCUCAGGCCAGGCACGUUCAGCUGCAACGAAGGGUCUGUUGGGGGAGGGGAUGAAAGCACAAAGCCUCAAGUGCCCUCCGGUAGCUGGAUCUUACUGGCAUUUCCCUGACAUCUCUCCUCGCUGGGCAGAACACACUGCAGGGCUGUGCGCUGCCUUGGUGUUUGCUACCUCGCCUGGGGCAGAGAUGGGGCCUUGUCUACUGAGGAGCCCCUGGGGUGUAUGGGCACCAGAGGAGUGACCUCCCUGUUCCCUGCCUGUGCAGCAGCCUCCUCUUGAUCCCUGGCUCCCAAAGAGGGGAGUCUGGCCAGUGCACGUCCCUGGGCUCGGGCAGCAGCAGCUUCUCAGAGGCUGCUCCACCCGUGCUGAAGGAGGAAUUGUCUGCUACCGUGUGAUGAGGACGCCUUCUGCCUCACUGAUUCUGGUCUUCCUCAGGGCUGCGCAUGGGAGUGCCGCACCCUGCUUGAGAGAGUGAGUGAGAGAGAGAGAGAGAGAGAGAGAGAGAAGCCUGCACAGCAUGGUGCUUUCAGAUGGUACCUGGGGCUGGGUUAGCAACAGUCUGUACAAAGUCUGUGUGAAACUACUGGGAGGGAGACAGCAGGGAGGGAGGGAGCUGUGCCCAGGAAUUAAAUCCUUUCUGAGCCAGGGCUUCAGCCUUUUCUGGUAUCCAAACAGAGGCCUCAGCUGUAGCAGCCACUGCCCCCAUCUCCUGUCCUGCUGCAAGCCCUUGAAUCUGCUGUGGAGCUGUGGCUGCUCCCAACCCCAAUCUUGUGAUGACGAGUGACCCAAGCAGCGUGGUUGGUUAAUGAGCACAGCUGAAUGGCAGCCAGGUAGUGACAGGGCCUAGUAUCAAGGCUCCUUGUUAAAGGAGGAAGGGAGAGCCAAGAACUGCAGGGCAAGCCCCUGGCAUGGGCUCAUUGGUGGCCGAAGACCGGUGCUCAAAAGCUUUUGGGAGCAGAUAACGCCCCAGCAGGAUUGAUAGCUUAGUGCCUGCAGAAACGCUGGGGCACCACCUGGGGUCGAGGUUGGGCCACAUCUCAAGCUUGUCAGGGUGGGGCCUGGCCGCAUGGCUGGAAGAUCUGUAAGAAAACCCCAAGUGCUGCAGGUGGUGGUGAUGGUGGUGAUUCAGAGCAUGGUGCUUUUUGCAGUACUGACCUGGGUGCUCCAGCCAAGGGUGUUGUGCUGCUCUAGGUGAUGUCUCAAAGGAGCUGUCCCAACCUCACUCCUACUAUUUAUGAUCAUGAGAUUGUAUCCCUUCUCCACAGGGGUUAACCAUGGGGCCUGGCUAAAUUCCAUUCUGCCUCCCUAAAGUCCCCCUGCAGUUAUGGUUUUCUUCACUUCCUGCCCUAAGCCAUUGUGAUACUACUUGGUGCUAUUAAACCCUGCUGUCUCUCCCCACCCCACCCCCCGGGGUGGGUGAACUGAUCUGUGCUGGGUAAAGCAGCUCUCGAGGGCAAAAGGAGCUAAGAGCUAUUUGCUGGGGUCAUUGAGUCCUGUCUCUUUCUGGCUUUGAACCAGAACUGUACGUGUCUGACUUCAAUUCACUGCUGUGGCUAGAGCAGUUCUGGGCCCUGCCUCUGGGUCCUUUUGGGGCCCCAAAGUUAUCCUGGCUGCUGAACUGCUGCUGUUUGCCCCGAAGCGCCUAGCUGAAGGGGGCGUGUCUCAUGGGCGGGUUUGGUACUCAGCUGUAAUCCUGGGGGCCCUGUGUUUGCCCUCCCUGGAGUAGUAGCUGAGCGAGUUGGUUAGAUGGUGUCACCUGUACAGGAUGGUUCUCUGCUGUAGCUGCUAGUGCAGACCCUACUGAGUCCUGCUGGCCAGUUCGCAGGGAUUGCCCCGUAGGCACAUGACUGGAAUGGGGGCAGGUGGCAUUAGAGCUCCAGGCAACUCGCAGAAGCCUGGGAGUGACCCCCACCGUAUCACCUGCAUUGCUGGGGUGCCGAGCCGUGCCGCCUAGUCUGUAGCCACUAGUCUGAAUGGCCUUGCAGUCCAACUCUCUGCAGUGUUUAAAGCUGUAUUACUGUCCCACAACACCCCUGUUCUGGGCUUUGCUUUCCCCUUCUCCCAAAUGUCAGCCGACCUCCCUUUUCUCAGGAGCUUUCACUGCACUGCUCAGCACUUUGCUGCAUGUCACUGGAGAUCUCCGUGCGCUUAGCAACUAACGGCCUCCAGCCUUCCUCCUCCGCCCAGUCAGCUCUGGAUUAUCCCUGUUUUACAGAUGAGGACCCUGAGGUGCUUGUGGCUGUGGUGUGCCCAUGGUCACACAAUGAGUUUGUGGGCAAGCAGGAACACAGCCCAGGAGUCCUAGCUCCAUGAAAAGCAGAAAACUCUACCACCCCCCAGCCCCCAUUUAACUCAUGCCGUGUCCCCUUCCAGCUCAGGGUUGAUUUUGAAUCUUGUAUCUUUAAAAUGUUUAAAUCCUCUUAUUCUUUUAGCUACAGGGUGGUCUAGUGAAUUUGGGCCCAGGCCUGGGAGCUGGAACUCCUGAUUUUUGAUCCCAGAUCUGCCACAGAAUGUGUGACUUCAGGCAAAUCACCCUGCCUCAGUUUCCCAGUCAAUAAAAUAGAAAUAAUCUAAUUCCAUAGAGACAGUGUGCAGAGACACAAUCUGUGGGAUGCAAGCCUAGCCUCUCAUGGACCCCGUAGAUCAGGGCCAGUACUAGAAAUGGAUCUGGUGGUGCCUGUCUGUCUGUGCAGGUGUAAAACUCUGUUCUGGCUGUGCACACUCCACCCAAGGGUUGGACAAGUGCAGUGUGUGCAGAGUUUUGGCAGGGGAGAGCCAUAGACACACUUGUGAGAUUGGGUCUAAUUUCUAAAGCCUGGGUGGGAAAUCUCUAUCAGACCUCCCCAAGAGGUGGGAGCUGGUCACAGACUGUAUUCUCAAGGCCUUGAUCCUGUUUGGUUUAUUCCACAGUGUCAUAUGUCAGCUGUCAGCACCGGUCUACAGUUAAGCCUGUUUCCUUUUGCUCCCAUUCAUCCUAUUUCUGUUUAUCCUCCCUUUUAAAUGUUUUAAACCAUUCACCUCCCUUAAGGGUGCCAGCCCUCUCUCAGUAGGUUGCUGAGUAUUGCACCCCAUUGCCCUGAGGGAAGGUUGUGUGGUCCAGCAGACAGCACCUACAGCUGGGAUUCAGGAGACGUGACUGCCACUGACUGACCAUGUGGCUUUGGGCAAGUUGCUUCACCUUGUUGUGCCUCAGGGACCCCAUCUGGAAAAUGGGGGAAACAGCCAUUUAUGUAAAGUACUUUGAGUGGGUGGGAGCAGAGUGCUCUAAAGAUGCUGGGCACUAACAGGUAUCUCUGUGGAUCUGAUUGUCACUUUUCUUUCACCUGGAGCAACUCAGCCUACUCGGUGGAAGUGGCUCCGGAAUCUCUGCCAGUGAGUAGAGAUUUAUAACAAACACACAGGAAGGGCAACUUGGCAGCUGUUGUUCAUCUAAAAGCAUCACCUCUGGACCACUCCAGUCAUUGAGACAGAGUUGGCGAGUGCUCCAAACAGAGGAGCGGGAAACAGGAAGUCUGUGUUCUCUUUUCAAGUCUGCAACUGACUUGCUGUGAUCUUGGGCAAAUUGUUUCGCUUCUUGUGUCUGUUUGCCUAAAAUUGCGAUAAUACUGACCUACCUUAAUGGGGUAUUGCAAGGCUGGGUUGUCUGUAAAAUGCAUUGAGAUCCUCAUUGAAGGAGCUAGAAACUAAUUAAUGGUUUUGUUUAAUUAUAUAAUUACUAGGUGGUGGGGAAGAUUUGCUUUGUGAGUUUGGAUGUUGCUUCUCCUAACUAAAUCCAAGUAGGGUAACUUGUGAGUGGUCUCUGAGCCCAGUUCCACUUUACUCCCAUUUCUAGGCUAUUGUCUGUUAACCUCCUUUUAGGGAAAAUGGAAGGUGAAAGAUUAAACUUGAGCAUGUUGGCAGGAGGCCCCUGCAGUUGGUCUGGUUCUGUGCUGCAGCAAAACUGAUCCUUCCAAAUAAAGUUUGAGAUCCA